AAUACUGACUAUUAGAUUGAUGUCCACCUAAGCAGGGUGCUCUCUUUAUGGCCCUAACUUUCUCCAAUGUGUCUCUGAUCUUAGUUGUCUACAAACCAACCAUACUACCACUCACCUUAUCCCAACCCUAUUCCAAUACAAAAACUACUCUUUCCAACUCUUCCCUCCACAGCUCCUCUCUUCUUUGCCACUUGCCAGGUCUCAAUAGAGAAAAACAGGGUUGUGCAAUACUCUAAACAUGGCUGCAGCAACAGCAGUUCUCACUCCUGCAAGGAUCAAUAGUGCUCCAUUGAUGAGCUCAAGCAGCAAGACCCAGAGGAGGGUUAACAAGGUUAGGCAAAUAGUAGGCUUGAACAGCUCAUAUGGAGGUCUUAAAGCCCACAACUGUGUUCUCUCUUUAGGGCUACCAGUGAGUACUGAACAGUGCUUUGCCAAUGUUGUGAACUCUUUGAGGGUAACAUCAAGUGGAAGAAGAAGAAGAAGAGGUGGUGGUGCGCUUUCUGCUAAAUGUAGUAAGGUGGAUGAGAUAUUCCAGAUUGCAGCUAUAAUCAAUGGGUUGACCCUUGUUGGGGUUGCUGUUGGAUUUGUGCUUCUCAGGAUUGAAGCAUCAGUGGAGGAAUCGGAGUGAGUUGGUAUUUUUACUUGUUAGAAUUGAACAAGAAAUGCUGUUGUUUUAACAUUCUCAUGUAAUGUUGUGAUUCUUUUAAGAUUUUAAUACAUGGCAAUAAAUUAGUUUGACUCUUCCCUU